AUGGGAAAUGGUAAUUCAGUUCAAGCAAAAAAAUAUAUAAAAUUUGAAAAAUAUUAUUAUGUUGGUGAUUUGAAUGUAGAUAAUUUACCACAUGGGAGGGGGUUAAUAUUAUAUGAAAAUGGAGAUUCAUUUUUUGGACAUUUUAUAAAUGGUAAAAAACAUGGGAAAGGAAUAUAUAUCAAUAAAAAUUUAACAAAAUAUAUUUCAAAAUGGAAAUAUGAUAAUAUUUCAAAUAAAGUUAAAGUUAAACAAUUUGACAAUGAUACUGUUUAUUUAUUUUAUUAUAAAAAUGGUCUAAUUGAUCAUUGUAAGAUUUAUGACUAUAUUUCAAAUAAGAAAAAAAAAAAAAAAAAAAAAAAAAAAAAAAAAAAAAAUGAUACAAUACUAGAAGACACUAAAAUACAAAAUUGUAAAGAAAAAUCUUUUGUUAAUAAAAAAGACGAAAUUAUUGAUAAGGACUUUGAAAAAGAUGAUAGUGAUAAAGUAGAUAAUUUUUCAAAUAAAAUAAAUCUUGAACAAUCUCAAAAUAACAUGUUAAAAUAUAAAAAAAAAAAAAAAAAAUUUGAUAAAAUGAACUAUUUAAAUGAUUCCAUAUUUUAUUCAUCAUGUGAAUCUAUUUCUAAAUCAAUAGGUUCAGAUUAUAUUUCAGAUUUUGAAAAAAAAGAAAAACAAAUAAAUAAACAAGAAGAAGACAAGUUUAAAAAAACGAACGAAAAUUAUAUGAAUCAUAGCGAAAACACUAAUUCAUCAUCUAACUUUGAAAAUAACAAAAUAAUGAACAUAUCUGACGAAAGUAUUAUUCUAAGGCUAAAUAAUUUAAUAAACAAUAAUACAGAUUUAAAAAUAGAAAAUUAUGAAAUGUGGAAUAAAGAACAAGUAGCACAGUGGCUUACUAUGUGUAAGGUUCCUAUGAAAUGGGCUUUAACUGUUUAUAAAAAUAAUAUUAAUGGUCAAAAAUUAAAUAACCUAAACUUAUAUUUUAUAAGAAAUAAACUUGGAAUAUUAUCAUAUGGACAAUCUAUCAAAUUUUUACAACUUAUAAAAAACCUGCGCGUUACGGCUUACAACACAAGGCUUGCUAAUACGUUGAACUUAGAAGAGUAUGAAAUUUACCUAAAAAAAAAAAUGGAGAAAAAAAAAAUGAAAAAAAAAAAAAUGAAAGAAAAAAAAAUGGAAAAAAAAAAAAUGGAAAAAAAAAAAAUGGAAAAAAAAAUGAACGAAAUGAACGAAAUGAACGAAAAGAAAGACGGCGCAGAUACAGCGACAACAAGUAGCCAAGCAGAAGACUUUCAGAAAAAUAAAAAAAAAAUAAUGAGUAAUCAGACUAAAUCAAUGAUAGACCAAAAAAAUGAUGACAAUAAAUCGUUUUCAGAUAAAAUAAAAAAUGGAUUCUUCAAAGGAAAUACAAAUAUAAAAAAUUUACAAAAUUUACAAAAUUUAGUAAUAAAUUCAAUAUGGAAUAAAAGUAAAGAUGAAUUUAAAAUUCCAAUUAAUGAAAAUAAUAUUCCUAUGAAAAUUGAAAAAGGAAAGGAAUUAAAUACUAAUGACCAAAGUACAGGAAAAAAAAAAAAAAAAUUAAAAAAAAAUAAAUAUAUUAAUCAUGUUCAAAAAAAUAUAUCUAUGUUAAAAAAAUUACAUAAUACAUCUAAUGAAUCACAAUCAAGUAAUGAAUCCAUCACACAAACAUUAUCUACAUCUUCAGAAUCAUCUUUUACAAAUAUACAUUCUGAUUUGUCCUCGAAAAUCUUAUUUCACGACAAACGGGAAUACACAUCUAUUGAAUCAAAUGAAGAAAAGAACCCAAAUAACCCGAACCUUUCUCUUAGUAUAAAUUCUAAAAAUGAAACUAACUCAUUAAAUGGUUCAAAUCCAACAAAAUUGCUACCAAAACAGCCCUGCUCGCUAGCUUCAGAAAAUAUGGCAGAAAAUAUGUCAGAAAAAUUGUCAGAAAAUAUGGCAGAAAAUAUGGCAGAAAAAUUGUCAGCAUCAUCAUCAUCAUCAUCAUCAGCAUCAGCGUCAGCGUCAGCAUCGUCAUCAUCAGAAACUUCUUCGUUUUGCUCCGAACAUAGCGAGUUAACCAACUUUCAUAAUAAUAACAAAAUAAUAAAAUAUAGCAACAAUAUAUAUAUCAAUAGCAGUUUGGCAUUUUCAUACAUAUAUAGCUUUAUAAUACCACCAGAAGAUUUAACAUUUUUGUAUCAAAUACAAAAUUAUUAUAUUAGAGAUGUAGAAAAUGAUUUGAAUCGAAACGAUCAAGUAGAUUUUUGUGAUAGUUUUAACUUUUACAAAAAUUUUGAAAUUAUUAAAAAUAGAAAAAUAAACCCUGAUGAUAGAAUGUGCUCAUAUUCAUCACAUCAUUCUAAAUUCGAACAAAAUAAAAAUAAAAAUGAUUUUAACUAUAACGAUUGUAAAAAUGAAAGAGAAAAAACAAAACCCCAAAAAAUGAAAAGUAGAAUAUUUAGAGGCAGAUAUAUGGGUAAAGAUGUAGCUAUAAAAGUUUUAGUUGGAAAUAUAAAAAAUUUUACAAAAUUUCAUAAAGUAUUAUAUAAUUUAUAUAUUUUAAGACAUACUAAUAUAGCAUUAAUAAUGGGUGUUUCGAUUAGUUAUCCUUUUGUUUUUAUAAUAUAUGAAUAUAUAAAAAAUUUAUGUCUAUUUUCUUAUUUGCAUUGUAUAAAAUAUAAACAUAUUUAUGUAAGCAAGCUAUUAAAAUAUUAUCAAAAAAAAUUGAAUAGCCAAAAUUCUCAACAAAAAAAUAAUACAAUUUUUAGUGAUAGAAAAUAUUUAUCAAAUGAUGAUAAUGGAAAAAAUAAAAUCACUAAAAAAAACAAUUUAAAAGAUGAACAGAUUUAUUCUCCAUCAACGUCAAUUAAAUCUUUAGACACUAAUUCAUCUAAUAUGAAUAAUAAAAAACUAAAAAAUAAAAAUUCUAAUGAGAAACGAUAUAUAAACAAAAUAGAUUCCAUGUUCAGAAAUAAAAAUAAUAUAUUGUGUGGUAAUUAUUAUUAUUUAUUUAGAAAAAAGAAAAAUAAUAUGUCUAUAUCAAACGAACAUAAAGAUAGUGAUCGAACAAGUUUCACAAAUGAGUCACAAAAAUUAUUAACAAAUAAAAUAUACAAAAAAAAAAUAAAUAAAAAAUUGAACUUUAAAGCUAAAAUCAAAAUAAAUCGUCCAUAUUCCUUCCCACCACUUCAAGAAGAUUUUAAUUUUUAUUUAGAAAAAAAAAAAAAAAAAAAAAAAAUUUUAUUUAGUUAUCUAAAAACGCAUUCCUAUUUUAAAUCGAAGAAAUGUGACACCAGAAAAAAUAAGUUGUCUGAUCACCAAAUGAUGAAAAUUAUCAUAGACAUCACCCUAGCUUGCUCUUAUUUGGAAAAACAAAAGAUACGGUGGUUAAAUUUAAAACCAACUAACAUUUUACUUGACGAAUCUCUAAAUGCAAAGAUAUCAGAUUUUGGAAUUAAAGAAAUAGAAGAAUGUCUUGAUAUAAAUAUUGAUUAUUCUUAUAUAGUUUUUCCAAAUAAUGUAAUAAAAUUUAAUAAUAAUCAUUUCAAAAAUAAAAUAAAAAAAAUAAAAAUUGUGAAUAAGGGUUCAGAAGAUAUGCUUCAUGUAUUUAGUUCCAAGAAUCAUAUUUAUAAAUAUAAUACACGAAAAAUAGAUGUGUCUUCAAAUAACCAUGAUUCAUCUGUUUCUUUUUGGACAGCUCCUGAAAUAUUAAAGAGGAAACAAAAUCCAAGUUUAUAUUCAGAUGUAUAUGCUUAUGGUGUUAUAUUAUGGGAACUUAUGACAAAUAGUGUUCCUUUUAAUUAUCGUUUUAAAUCUCAUCUUUUGGCUUCAGUUGGAUAUGCCAAAGAAACAUUACCCUUUCAAAAUAUUCCACCUUUUAUUAAAAAUUUAAUAAAGAGUUGUGUUAAUAGGAACAAAUAUAAAAGACCUACAUUUGAUAGAAUUUUGAUUGAACUUUCAAUGAUAUACGAAAAGAUUAACCCUAAGGAAGAGGACGCUUUGAUGUCUUUUAUGGAUGGAUAG